AUGAAUGCUCCACAACCAGACCUUUGGCAGAUCUUCCAGUCCGUAGACAAGGACCGGUCCGGCCAGAUCAGUGGAGAAGAACUUCAGAAGGCCCUUUCCAAUGGUACGUAUCUACCUUUCAACGCUGAAACUUGUCGACUUAUGAUUGGUAUGUUGUGGUAGAAUUACUCUUAUGAUACUUUAGGUAUGUUUGACCGCGAUGGAAACGGCGGAAUCAACUUCAACGAGUUCACAGCCUUGUGGAACUACAUCAACGACUGGACACGGUGUUUCCGUAGCUUCGAUUCAGACAAUUCGGGGAACAUCGACAAAAGGGAACUCACCUCGGCGUUAACCCAAUUUGGUACGUUCAAAUUAAGAAUCUGGGUGAUGGUCAUAGCUAAUGUUAACAUUGUUUUUAUACAUUUUCUUUCAGGCUACCGAUUGUCCGACCAGUUCUACGACUUGUUACUCAAAAAGUUUGACCGAACUCAUAGCAAUCGUAUCAUAUUCGACGACUUCAUCCAACUGUGUGUUGUUCUACAGACCUUGACUGCCGCGUUCCGUGAUAAAGACUCUGACAGAGAUGGUGUUAUAACAGUCCAGUACGAAGAGUUCCUCCAGAUGGUUUUCGCACUUAAAUUGUAAUAUUACACUUGAUAUCAUGUGAUGUUAUGUCCAUAUCAUGUAAAUGAAAAUAAUUUACUUUAAAUAAAUUUAUUUCAGAGCUCUAAUGUCCAAGUAA